AAUCCACAACGGGACGAUAAAAUAAAUUCACUCUGAGAACUGCGAAAGUGUAAAUAUAAGCGAGCGAGAGAGAGAAAGGGGAAGCCAAAACAGAAUUUCUCUCUAAAAACCUUAUCCGUUUAUCUUGAGCUCCGUCCAUGGCGUCGCUGUUACUCGGAGCUUUCCCAAUAGCUUCGCAAUCUCUUGGUCUCGGCUCUCGCAUUUCGUUUUCCCAAUCUGAAACCCUAGCCUCGCCGUUUUCAUCUUCCACCGCUUCGAUUUCAGUCUCCGCCACUACUACCACUACUCCAUCGGUCCCCUUAGUGUACUGUGGUAGAGGUGAUAAGAAGACUGAAAGAGGAAAGCGUUUCAAUCACUCCUAUGGCAAUGCGAGGCCGAGGAACAAGAAGAAAGGGAGAGGACCACCAAGGCUACCGGUUCCUCCGUCGCCACCUAGAAAAGAUAAGUAUGAAGACAAUGAAGUUGUGAAGAUUGAAAUUGAUGAAUCUCUCUUUUCCAACUAAUAUUCAAAUAUUGUUUAAGACCCAUAAAAGCUUUUCUUAACUUCAAUUUCUACUGUAAUUUCUGAACCGUCAAUUUCUUUUUUAUCGCUCCUGUUUGUACGAAUUUCACAUACAAUGAUUCUAUUUGUGACGCAAUUUGUUAUCUUGCUGCUAA